UCCUUUUCCCCUCUUGAACUUGCAGUAAAAUAAGGGCAGAACCUGUGGAUUUUUGUUUGGGAGCGCGGGUUUUUUUUAAGGUGGUGGUGGAGGGGGGAGAGAAAAAGGCCGCUUCCGAUGGCGUGACGUCACGCGAUUUCACCGUUUGUUUUAAUUUUUCCUUCAGCCUCUGAGGAAAUCGUUCGGUAGAGGGGGAAUGUGAUUCGAUAUUUUACGCAGAAAAGGGAGGGAUAGAUUGAACGCCAAGUUCUUUUUAAAAAAAAGUCUUCUCCCCUUUCUGGCGCUAGCUCCCUCUCUUCAUCUUCACCCCCCCCCCCGCCGCCGAUUCGCCGUCAGCCAAUGGGAAGCGAGAAUUUUCGCGCUGAUUGGCUUCGUUGAAGAAGAAGGAGGAUGAUGAGGAUGAGGGAGUGAAGGAGUUACUGUACUCAUUGAAAGUACAGUAACCCCCGCUCGGGAGGAUGCGCCCAUAACAGCGGUUUGAAGUUGGUAACAUCAGGAGAGCAUGGCUCAGCCCUAUCGACUUCCGAAGAAUGUAAUGGGGAGUUCCCGGCCAAUGGCGCAGGAAUUGAUUAAUCCCAUUUCCAUGAAGCAGGUUCCAGAGAUCCUUGGAAUUACUAAUAAGAAGACUCAAAAUGGUGAAGUAGAUUCUGAGCUCUCCAUACUGACUGACAAAGCUGUCACACCUUUAUCAGCAGCUCUUCAGGAUGGUGUCAUACAUCGAUUAAAUGGACACGAUGCAACUUCUGCUUGCAGGUCAUCAGACAAAUUAAAGGAUUUAACCUCUCUUAUGUUAAAUGGAGAUUCUGGUAUGCCAAAUGUAGUUGAAGAAUCACCAUCUUCACAUGCAUCUUCUCCAGUUGAAUGCUUUACAGAAAACAGAGGGAACAAAACGCCACCUCGAACAACACCUAAAAAGAGUGGUUCACCAGAAAUUAAGUUGAGAAUUACUAAAACAUAUUUGAAUGGAAAGCCACUUUUUGAAUCCUCACUUUGUGGAGAUCUCCAAAUAGGUGACUUUGAGUCUGCACGGCAAGAGCAACAAGAGAAAGAUGAAGAGCAAGAAAAAAAUCAAGACAAACGGAAAAGAAAGAAAAAUGUGAAGUAUGAUGCAUUGCUUGAACAAAGUCUUUCUGAGCUGGUACUUGUAUCCAAGACAUCCAGUUCUCCUGAUGAACGAGUAAAGAUCGAAGAAAACCAAAUAAAGGAAGAAGAAAAAGAUGAAGACACCAAGGAGAAGGAUGUCCCAGUGAAAUAUGAUGUUGGGGACAUGGUGUGGUCCAAAGUCUCUGGUUAUCCUUGGUGGGCUUGUAUGGUUUCUUCAGACCCUAUCUUGGGUACCCACACAAAAGUGAAAGGUCUGAAUAAGGCUAUUUGUCGCCAGUACCAUGUCCAGUUUUUUGGAGAAGCUCCAGAAAGAGCCUGGAUUUUUGAAAAGAGUAUGAUACCCUUUUUGGGUGCUCAUCAAUACGAUGAGUUAGUCCAUGAGAGUGCCAAACAUGCAAGUUCAAAGGCAGAGAAAAACAAGCUACUAAAACCAAUUCCUGCCAGAAUUCGUCUUCAAUGGGAUAUAGGUAUUGCGCAAGCUGAGAAGGCACUGGCAAUGACCCCUGAGAAUCGAAAAGCUAAAUACACCUUUGUUUAUGAUUGUGAUCGUCCAUUAUUACCACCUCAGGUUGCAAAAGAGGCUGGGGUUCCUGUUGAACUUAUAGAGAACAGGAAAUGGCCAACUGAAGAACUGCCAAGCUCUAAAGACAGUCUCUCUAAUAGUAAAGGAACAAGGAGAAGAAACAGUGCACCAAAUAAAAGGCGAUGUUCAAAACCAUAUGAACAUAAGAUCCCUGCAAAAGAAUGUUUAAGUAGGACUGUAGAUUCUACUGAAGGUUCUACUCAAGGUUAUUCAACUGACAGGACAUCUUGUAGAUCAUCAGAUUCUGAGAGUUGUGCGAGUUCCCCCGUGGCUAAGAGAAAACAUGGAGUAACGAGUCAGCGGACCAGGAAAUGUGACACCGCCCUUGCUCAAUUCAUGGCCUUUUGUCAGAAACACAGAGACGAGCUAACUGAAGAACGUCCAGAUGCUUCUGCUGAAGAGAUUGAAGAGCUGCUUGAGUCUCAGUGGGCUUUGCUGAGUGAUAAACAGCGAGCACGUUACAAUACCAAGUUCUCUAUAGUUACUCCAGUUACAGAGCACAAAUCACCUGUAUCGGGUUCAGGUUUUUCAACAGGAUCACCUGGGCCCACCAGACGCAGAGUUCUACAGGAUUCUCCAAAAAGAACAACUAGAUCUAGUGUGACUUCGGAAUCAACUAGACAAAGAAGGUUAUCCAGAAAAGUAAUAGAUUACAGAGAGGACUCCCCAGAACGAAUCGGCUCCAGUAAGAGAUUAAAGCGAAGUUAUCACGAGGAUGAAAAGUAUGAUUUCGGUAAAACUGACCAGGCAGAAGCAUGUGGAAGCGAUGGUAUUGAGGCUGGAGAAACAUUACCCACUUAUACCAAUGCAUCCCAAAACAGUCAAUCAGAUAUAAGCAAACUCUCUGAUGCAUGUAAACCACUGAAAAAACGAAGCAGAGCAUCAACUGCUGAAACCAUGGUACCAGCUGUCAGCAAGAAUCCAUCUCCUCUAACUGUGUUAACAGAAAAUGAGACAUCAUUUGAUGGACAACAGGAGUCGGGAGAUGAAAGUGCAGAUGAGACUCCAACGGAGGUUUCAUCUGUAUCAUCCAAAAAAUCCCAAGGAGAACGAGGGGGCAGUGGUGCAGCUAGGAAAGAAGGAGUUUGUCAGGUGUGUGAGAAUUCUGGAGACCUGCUCUUUUGUGAGGGACAGUGUUGUGGGGCAUUCCACUUGGCUUGUCUUGGGCGGUCUAAAUUACCUCAAGGCAAAUUUAUGUGUAGGGAAUGCACGUCAGGUGUUCACACUUGUUUUGUUUGCAAGAAGAAUGGGCCUGAUGUUAAGCGUUGUAUUGUUCCUCUGUGUGGCAAGUUCUACCACGAAGACUGUGUGAAAAAGUACCCUCCAACUGUGUUCGAAAACAAGAGAUUCCGAUGUCCCCUGCAUACUUGUAUCAGCUGCCAUGCCACAAAUCCCUCCAACCCCAGGCCAACAAAAGGGCGAAUGAUGCGCUGUGUUCGGUGUCCUGUGGCCUAUCAUGGAGGGGAGACCUGUAUUGCAGCAGGGUCUGUGAUUCUGACAGCCAACAGUAUUAUUUGCACCAAUCAUUUUUCUCCAAAGAAGGGUUACAGACAUCAUGCUCAUGUCAAUGUUAGCUGGUGCUUUGUCUGUUCAAGAGGGGGAAGCCUUUUAUGUUGUGAGUCCUGUCCUGCAGCAUUUCACCCAGAAUGUCUCAACAUUGAUACCCCCGAGGGUAGCUGGUAUUGCAAUGACUGCAAGGCAGGCAAGAAACCGCGCUACAAAGACAUCAUCUGGGUAAAGCUCGGAAGCUACAGAUGGUGGCCUGCAGAGAUAUGUCACCCAAGGAAUGUUCCAACAAAUAUUCAAAAUAUGAAGCAUGAGAUUGGCGAAUUUCCAGUUCAUUUCUUUGGAUCAAAUGACUACUUUUGGACCCACCAGGCACGUGUAUUUCCUUAUAUGGAAGGUGAUAAGGGAAGCAAAGACAACAAAAUUAAAAGUCUCAGCAAAGCCUUUCGAAAAGCUUUACAAGAAGCAGCAGAACGCUUUCAGGAUCUUAAAGCUCAGAGGGAAACCAGAGAAGCACAAGAAAAUGAACGCAAUGGGAGAAAGCCUCCGCCAUAUAAACACAUAAGGGUCAAUAAACCAUUUGGCAAAGCACAGAUUUACACAGCUGACAUUUCAGAAAUCUCAAGAUGCAACUGUAAGCCAACUGAUGAUCAUCCUUGUGGCCUGGAUUCAGAGUGCCUGAACAGAAUGCUAAUGUAUGAAUGUCAUCCUGCUGUGUGCCCAGCUGGUGGACGGUGCCAAAACCAAUGUUUUAGCAAAAGGCAGUAUCCUGAGUCGCAGGUUGUCAAGACUGCUGGAAAGGGCUGGGGUCUCAUUUCAAAGACUGACAUAAAGAAAGGAACGUUUGUUAAUGAAUAUGUGGGAGAGGUAAUAGAUGAAGAUGAGUGCCGAGCAAGAAUCCGGUAUGCACAGGAACAUAACAUUGCCAACUUCUAUAUGCUCACUAUUGACAAGGAUCGAAUAAUUGAUGCUGGGCCUAAAGGGAAUUAUUGUCGCUUUAUGAACCACAGUUGCCAACCCAAUUGUGAAACACAAAAGUGGACAGUGAAUGGAGACACUCGAGUUGGGUUGUUUUCUCUCUGCGAUAUUCCAGCAGGGACUGAACUCACCUUUAAUUAUAAUCUAGAUUGCCUUGGCAAUGAGAAAACGAUAUGCAGGUGUGGUGCACCAAACUGCAGUGGAUUCCUUGGGGUCAGACCCAAGAGUGCAAGCAAUGGUUCAGAUGAUAAAGGAAAAAGGCGGAAAAAGAAAAUUCGAAAACGCAAAUCAAAGAAUGAAGGCAAAAAAGCACAUGAGGAUGAAUGCUUCCGUUGCAGAGAUGGAGGAGAGCUUGUACUCUGUGAUAGAAAAAUCUGUUCAAAGGCAUAUCACCUGUCCUGCCUUAGUCUUACAAAGCCUCCAUUUGGAAAGUGGGAAUGCCCAUGGCACCACUGUGAUGUCUGUGGAAAACCCUCUGUUAUUUUUUGCCAAUUCUGCCCCAACUCUUUCUGUAAGGAUCAUGAGGAAGGAACAAUGUUCAAGUCCACGUUAGAUGGGCGUGCUUGCUGCUGCGAACAUGACCACUGCAACAUGGCGGAACCUCUUGAACGAUGCAAAAACCUGGAGAUCUAUCCUUCUCUGAAUGAGACUGUUAAGUUGGAGUCCAAGAACCCCAAAACAAGCAAUCGUAUGCCAGUAAACAAAGCACAGUGAAUUUACUUGAACUGUAGACACUGUUGAUUGAUGUAUACUACCAUUGACAUUCUUCACAGAUUGUCACACAAGAACUCUUUGCAGGAAAGGGCAUUCUUGAUUCCACUGAGCCAUCUCCAGCAGUUCUUAACUGCAUCUGCACUGAUUACUCAAAACUGUGGCUACAUAACUCAGUAACCAGCACAGCAAAACUACACAGCAUUACAUUAACACUGGGAAUCUUCCUCCUAUGAAACACUGAAAAUAGGAGAAAAAAAUUUAAAGACCAAAAUACAAAUUGGUAUUGAAACUAGAAAUUAAUAGAAUUUAUCAAUCAUUAAGUGUUAGAAAUAUGAUACUUAAAGAAAUGACACUAUUAGUUGCUCUUCAUUGUGUUUAUAUGCGUUAGUGUAGUUUACAUUAAUAGUUCAGUACCUUUUGUAACCCUGAUGGUCUUUAUUGCAGUGCAUAAUCACUCACGUUCAACGUUUUAAAAUACCUUAUCUUCAGGGCUGUUGAACUGUUAAAUGUGUGACCACAGGGAUUGAAACUGUAUUACUGUAGCCAGUAAAUGCAGCAAUCGGAGGGUCUUCUACUGGAAAAAUUCUGGUCAGACAGUUUUUAUUUAAACCAACUAUAAUAACAGCAAAUACAAGUUCUGUUUAGUCAGAUAUGUACCAAACUGUGGACCAUGUUCACCUUAAUUGAAAAUGUUUAGAUUAGUGUUCAUGUGUUACCUCUUGU